AUGUUUUCUGGGGCAAGAAGAGACUCUGCCAUCGAAACCAAAGGAUGCUCCAGAUCCAGUGGGAUUGCAGUGAGUGUAGGAUCAGCAGUGCCUCGGGGGACUACUCAGGAUGGGACAAUAGGUCGGCGAACAUCCAUGCCCUGUCAACCGAAAUCCAUCAUGGUCGUCCGUUCCGCACCUUCGGAGGGGAGCAUCCAGUGUGAAAGCCACCUGAUAAAUAUGGACCCGGACGGAGGCCUCCCACUUCCCGACAUCAUGCCAGGUACUCUUCCAGAGCUUGCAACAUCCAAGCGACGCCACAAAAGCACUAACGACAUUCCUUACAAGGGCAACGUUUGUCUGCUCGCCCCUUCCCCUCUUUCCCUCACAGACACUGAGGAAGCCUUUUUGCGUCGCUGCUCCCUGAGAGACGGCAGUGGCGUUUCACGGUAUCCUCGCCACGCCCUCAGCGUGCCCAACAUGGCCAGUCCCCUUCGUGCCAUCAGCAGCAGUCCUCUCCAAAGCUGCCCGCUCUCACCCGCGCACAGCAGCGCGUCCAGUCCGGCCCGGGAGCUGGAGAGACUUGCUAAAGCGCGGAGUAAACUCCUGGAGAGUGAGAGCCACCAAACCCCGACCCUCACACCCGAAACCAGAGAACAGCUCCGCUACGUCUCCAAAGACGGGAAAUGCCGGGUGAACCUGGGUCACAUUUCUGAGAGGGGACGUUUCCUUUCCGAUAUUUUCACCUCCUUCGUGGACCUGCAGUACCGCUGGUUUCUGUUUGUUUUCAUGAUGUGCUACAUCACUACCUGGUUCUUGUUUGCCGGCCUCUACUUUGUCAGCGCCUACGUCAGAGGUGACCUGGGACAGGAUCGACCUCUCGGCGCCUCCGAGAGUCACCUCUUAGACCAAGGGCCCUGCUACUUGGGCAUAGAUGGCUUCAUUUCGGCUUUGCUCUUCUCCGUGGAGACCCAGCGCACCAUCGGCUAUGGAUCGCGCACCGUGUCCCCCGCCUGCCGCGAGGGCGUGCUGCUGGUCAUGAUGCAGUGCAUCGUGGGGUCCAUGAUAGACGCGCUCAUGGUGGGCUGCAUGUUCGUGAAGAUCUCCCGGCCGAAGAAGCGGGCCGAGACGCUUCUGUUCAGCCGCACUUGCGUGAUUGCGAACCGCGACGACCAGCUGUGCUUGAUGUUUCGCCUGGGAGACCUGCGAGAAAGCCACAUGGUGGACGCCAAGGUCCGCGCGAAGCUGAUCAAGUCCCGCCAAACGGCCGAAGGCGAAUUCCUGCCUCUCGAACAGACGGAGAUUAACCUGGGUUAUGAAAGUGGAUCAGACAGGCUGUUUCUGGUGGAGCCUCAAGUGAUUCAGCACAACAUUGAUUCCAGCAGUCCGCUGUGGGAGCUCGGCCCCGAGCAGCUCAAGAGGCAACAGUUUGAGAUCAUCGUCAUCUUGGAAGGAAUUGUUGAAGCUACAGGGAUGAUGUGCCAGGCAAAAACCUCUUACAUUGAAACCGAGAUCGAGUGGGGGGCUCGCUUCGAGCCGUGCAUGACCCUGGAGAAGGGCUCGUUCCGAGUGGACCUGCGGCGCUUCCACAGCACCUACCAGGUCCCGCUGCCCACCUGCAGCGCCAGCCAGGCAAACCAGCUCAUGGCUCUUGCUGAUGUCCAGCUGCAAGGUCAAAAGGUCGCCAGGUCCUGGGAGACGUGGGCCGAGGCUGCGGCCGAGGACGAGAGGGGGAAGGCAGCGAGCCGCGGAGGGUUCACCAUCGACAACAUUCAAGAGGAGAGAGCGUCUGAGGGGAAUGGAAGUCAGAACAGCGCGGAGAAGAUCAUGUAA